GUGGUGGGAUGUUGGAAUUUUGAAGUAUUGGUAAAUGACUCGUUGAUUUUGAAUUACAAAAAUUCUUAAGAUCCGGUUUUUAUCCUAAAUACACUCUGCAGUUGGAAUGCUUCAUUGAAUCAAAAAACAGAUCUUCGUAUGCAGAAUCCCACAUGUUUGGAUUACUAACAAUUUCAUUUUCUUGUUUUGAUGAGCUCAGAAUCACAACUCUGAUAAUUCUAUAAUCAAAUCUUCUUCAAACAUUCUUCUUUUGAUCAUUUGAAAGGGCAACAAUGAUGAUAGAUAAUACUAAUGGGAUCCGCAAGGGAGGAUGUAUGUGGAGAAAAGAAGAUUUCUUGCCGGAAGAAUCAUUCCAGAGCUGGCGAAAUUAUGUUAAUGCAUUGUCUAAUAUAAAAACAAGGCUCAAAGAUCGGCUUCUGACGCGAUCCCUCGAUAGUUUAGAGCUGCAGGAAUUGCGAGCUUGUAGCGAGCAUGAGAUGAAGAAGAGUCUGAAUUGGUGGGAUCUUAUAUGGUUUGGUGUAGGAGCAGUUCUUGGUGCAGGAAUCUUUGUCCUUACAGGUGAAGCUGCAAGAAAUGAUGCUGGUCCUGCAGUUAUAGUUUCAUACUUCAUUUCAGGUAUUUCUGCAAUGUUAUCCGUCUUAUGUUAUAGUGAAUUCGCAGUCGAAUUACCGGUAGCCGGAGGAUCGUUUUCCUAUUUGAGAGUGGAGCUUGGUGACUUUGUAGCAUAUAUAGCUGCCGGAAAUAUUUUGUUUGAAUACGUUAUCAGUGGUGCUGGUGUGGCUAGGGCUUGGACUUCCUAUUUUGCCACCCUCUGCAGCCGCGAACCCAACAGUUUUCGCAUACACGCACCGUCUCUUCCUGAAGACUACAACUACUUUGAUCCAAUUGCUAUUGCGGUGUCUGUUGUUGUUUGCAUUUGUGCAUGCUGGAGCAUAAAGGGAUCAUCAAGGUUCAAUUCAAUAGCUUCAGUAAUCCACAUCUUUGUCUUGUUUUUCAUCGUUAUCGUCGGUCUGACAAAGGCGAAUCCUGCCAAUUUCGCAACCUUUGCCCCAUUUGGUAUCAGGGGAAUUCUGAGAGGUUCAGCUAUGCUCUUCUUUGCUUAUGUGGGAUUUGAUGGAGUAGCAACUUUAGGUGAGGAGACUAAAAAUCCAGGUAGAGAUAUCCCAGUAGGACUCAUUGGUUCCAUGUUGAUUAUUGUAUCAGUUUACUGCCUUCUUUCAGCAACUCUGAUAUUUAUGCAGCCUUAUACACAAAUUGAUGCUAAUGCACCAUUCACUCUGGCAUUUCAAGCUGUGGGAUUGAAUUGGGCAAAGUUUGUUGUUGCUUUGGGCGCUUUGAAAGGGAUGACAACGGUUUUAUUAGCUAACAUUAUCGGCCAAGCUCGAUACUUCACCCACAUCGGCCGAACCCAUAUGGCACCUCCUCUACUUGCUGCCAUAAAUGGAAAAACCGGUACACCAGUGAAUGCGACAGUUAUUAUGACUGUUGCAAACUCCAUUGUUGCUUUCUUCACAAGCCUUGAUGUUUUGUCAAACCUUCUCUCUAUAGCCACACUUUUCAUCUUUUCUCUUGUAGCCCUUGCACUGUUAGUGAGACGAUACUAUGUUGCUGGAGAGACAUCGGAUUAUGAUAGAAAGAAGCUCACCAUAUUAUUGGUGCUGAUCCUAGGAUCGUCGAUCGGAACAGCUGUUUACUUUGCAGUUUCUGAAGGGUGGAUUGGUUACGCAGUAACCUUACCAAUUUGGUUUCUAUCCACACUUGGGAUACAACUGACUUUGAAGCAAGCAAAGAAGCCUAAACUAUGGGGAGUGCCAUUAGUACCUUGGUUGCCAUCAGCCUCCAUUGCUGUGAAUCUGUUUAUUAUGGGAUCCGUUGAUGGGGAAUCAGUCAUUAGAUUUACAAUUUGGACAGCAAUAUUGAUCGUCUAUUAUCUGCUUGUGGCAUUACACGCUUCAUAUGAUGCAGCAAAAGAGAUACAAAGAAUAGCUGAUGCAACAACUAACCUUGAAGCAGAGAUGACAACACAAGAGAACUGCUAAAUGAGAGGCUACUGUGAAAACUUUUUUAUUUUCUUUGGUUUUUCUUUAGUUGUAUUGUAUAUCAGGAUUAGAAAAGAGAUUAAGCUUGGUCAUUGCCUAACCAUCCUCCCAAAAUACAUGAUACUGCAAGCCUUGUCAAGCAAGUAGAUG